AGGUGUCCAAGAUGCAUUUGGAAAGUGGGGAUGUUGGGACACCAAAAGGGGCAUUGGAAGAAGCUAAGGCGUUGAAUUCAAGGAUGAAGCAUAGUGGGAACCUAAGCAGCAAAGAUAUGUUGUUUAAAGCUGAUAAGAUUGAUCUCAAGAGUUUGGAUGAUGAGCUAGAAAAGCACCUUACAAGGAUUCUAUCUAGACAUAUUGAUGCCAAAAGGCCUAAAGAAGAGUGGGAGAUUUAUUUGGUAAAACUAAAUUUGCAACAUGUUGUGGUGAAUGGGGCCUAUGGCACUGUCUAUAAGGGCACCUAUGAUGGCCAAGAUGUUGCAGUGAAAGUGUUGGAUUGGGGUGAGGAUGGUGGUGCUUCUGCAGCUUCCUUAAGAGCAUCAUUCCAGCAGGAGGUUACUGUUUGGCAAAAACUUGAUCAUCCAAAUGUUACUGAUGGUUAUCAGUGGCUAAGUGAAUGGGGGAGGGUUGAAUCUUAG